AAUGCCAGUACGGAUAUCUGUUGUGCUGCUGAUCAUCGCUUUGUCUGCAGUGACUUGUGCUUCUGCAGUUCCGAGCAAGAGCAAUGGCAGUGACACUGACUAUGCUGCACUGCUGGCUUUCAAAGCGCAGCUGGCCGACCCUCUCGGCAUUCUUGCCAGCAACUGGACCGUCAACACACCGUUCUGCCGCUGGGUGGGCAUCCGAUGCGGCCGCCGCCAUCAGCGCGUCACUGGCCUGGUGCUUCCAGGCAUUCCCUUGCAAGGAGAGCUCAGCUCUCACCUCGGUAACCUCUCUUUCCUCUCCGUCCUCAAUCUCACCAACGCCAGCCUCACGGGCUCAGUCCCAGAAGACAUAGGAAGGCUCCAUCGCCUAGAGAUUCUUGAGCUUGGCUACAAUUCUCUGUCAGGUGGCAUCCCAGCCACCAUAGGGAACCUUACAAGGCUUCGAGUUCUUUACCUCGAAUUUAACCAGCUAUCUGGCUCAAUCCCCGCAGAGCUGCAGGGCCUAGGAAGCAUUGGUUUGAUGAGCCUCCGGAGGAAUUACCUCACUGGCUCAAUUCCAAACAAUCUAUUCAACAACACACCUUUGCUAGCUUAUUUCAACAUUGGCAACAACAGCCUUUCUGGGUCGAUACCAGCCUCCAUCGGCUCUUUGUCGAUGCUCGAACACCUUAACAUGCAGGUCAACCUUCUCGCAGGACCGGUGCCACCAGGCAUCUUCAAUAUGUCCACAUUGCGUGUUAUUGCACUUGGACUGAACACCUUCUUAACCGGCCCUAUCGCGGGCAACACAAGUUUCAACCUACCAGCUCUCCAAUGGCUCUCCAUCGAUGGCAACAAUUUCACUGGUCAAAUUCCACUGGGGCUCGCAUCGUGUCAGUACCUCCAAGUUCUUUCCCUGUCUGAAAAUUAUUUUGAAGGUGUUGUCACAGCCUCAGCUGCAUGGCUGAGCAAGCUCACGAAUCUCACUAUCCUUGUGUUGGGUAUGAAUCACUUUGAUGCUGGUCCAAUCCCUGCUUCACUAAGCAACCUCACCAUGCUAAGUGUCCUAGAUCUCUCAUGGAGCAACCUCACUGGAGCCAUUCCGCCAGAGUAUGGACAGCUUGGCAAACUCGAGAAACUGCAUCUCUCACAGAAUCAGCUAACAGGAACCAUUCCUGCAUCUCUUGGUAACAUGUCCGAAUUAGCCAUGCUAGUGUUGGAGGGAAACCUACUGAAUGGAUCAUUACCAACAACAGUUGGUAGCAUCAGAUCGUUAUCGGUACUUGAUAUUGGGGCAAACCGCCUGCAGGGGGGUCUCGAAUUCCUGUCUGCUCUUUCUAACUGUAGAGAGCUUUAUUUCCUUAGUAUCUACUCCAAUUAUCUCACCGGGAACCUCCCAAACUACGUGGGUAACCUGUCUAGUACGCUGCGAUUAUUCAGUUUACAUGGAAACAAGCUAGCUGGUGAACUUCCAACCACCAUUUCCAAUUUAACUGGCCUCCUUGUGCUAGACCUUUCGAAUAACCAACUGCAUGGUACAAUACCAGAAUCAAUCAUGGAGAUGGAGAAUCUCCUUCAACUUGAUCUCAGUGGAAAUAGCUUGGCUGGCUCUGUCCCAUCAAACGCUGGAAUGCUAAAGAGUGUAGAAAAAAUAUUCCUUCAGAGCAAUAAAUUCUCUGGCUCCUUACCAGAGGACAUGGGCAACCUCUCCAAGUUAGAGUACCUAGUAUUAUCUGAUAACCAAUUAUCAUCAAAUGUACCACCAAGUUUAUCUCGUCUUAAUAGCCUCAUGAAGCUAGAUCUGUCUCAAAACUUCUUGAGUGGUGUAUUGCCAGUUGGUAUAGGCGAUUUAAAGCAAAUUAACAUCCUGGAUCUCUCUACCAACCAUUUUACUGGUAGCCUCUCAGAUUCGAUUGGGCAACUUCAAAUGAUUACUUACUUGAACUUAUCUGUUAAUUUAUUCAAUGGUUCACUUCCAGAUUCUUUUGCUAACUUAACCGGCUUGCAGACUUUGGAUCUAUCCCAUAACAACAUUUCUGGUACCAUCCCGAAGUAUCUAGCCAAUUUUACCAUCCUCAUUAGCUUAAACUUGUCUUUCAACAAUCUUCAUGGUCAGAUACCAAAAGGGGGUGUAUUCUCAAACAUCACGUUGCAAUCCUUGGUGGGGAAUUCAGGGUUAUGUGGUGUUGCACAUUUAGGGCUUCCACCAUGCCAAACAACCUCUCCCAAAAGAAAUGGUCACAAGCUAAAAUAUCUGCUCCCUGCUAUAACCAUAGUAGUUGGAGCUUUUGCUUUCAGCCUAUAUGUAGUCAUCCGAAUGAAAGUUAAGAAGCAUCAAAUGAUUUCUUCUGGUAUGGUUGACAUGAUCAGCAACAGAUUACUCUCCUACCAUGAGCUUGUCCGUGCUACUGAUAAUUUCAGUUAUGAUAACAUGUUGGGGGCUGGAAGCUUUGGAAAAGUUUAUAAGGGUCAGCUGAGUAGCAGUUUGGUGGUUGCCAUAAAAGUUAUACACCAACAUCUAGAACAUGCCAUGAGAAGCUUUGAUGCGGAAUGUCAUGUGCUUCGAAUGGCUAGACAUCGAAACUUGAUAAAGAUAUUGAACACUUGUACCAACCUAGACUUCAGAGCACUUAUUCUAGAGUACAUGCCCAAUGGUAGCCUAGAGGCACUCCUGCACUCUGAAGGAAGAAUGCAAUUAGGUUUCCUUGAGAGGGUGGACAUUAUGCUAGAUGUUUCAAUGGCAAUGGAAUACCUGCAUCAUGAGCACCAUGAAGUGGUCCUACACUGUGAUUUGAAGCCUAGCAACGUGCUACUUGACGAUGAUAUGACUGCACAUGUAUCGGACUUUGGCAUUGCAAGGUUAUUGUUAGGUGAUGACAGCUCCAUGAUCUCUGCGAGUAUGCCGGGAACAGUUGGGUAUAUGGCACCAGAAUAUGGUGCUCUUGGAAAAGCAUCACGAAAGAGCGAUGUGUUCAGCUACGGGAUCAUGCUACUCGAAGUGUUCACUGGGAAGAGACCCACAGAUGCUAUGUUUGUGGGGGAACUGAACAUAAGGCAGUGGGUUUACCAGGCGUUUCCGGUAGAGCUUGUCCAUGUACUGGACACCCGACUUUUACAAGAUUGCUCUUCUCCCAGUAGCUUGCAUGGCUUCCUUGUGCCAGUGUUCGAGCUGGGCUUGCUUUGUUCAGCCGACUCCCCGGAGCAAAGGAUGGCGAUGAGUGACGUGGUUGUGACACUGAAGAAGAUUAGGAAGGACUAUGUCAAAUCGAUAUCAACGACAGGGAGCGUGGCCCUGCCUGCAUAUACGAAAGAAUGAAUUGUCCUCUGUGUCCAUUUCUGCUUCUGCAUUAAGAAUAACAAGAGAAUAGCAUCAGCAACAUGUCCAGUGGUCGAUUAAUCUUUGCCUCUAUAUCUUUAUUAUGGUCGAAUAUGAACAUAUUUCUUCUGUUCGUUAGUUACACAAUAUUUGAUUGGUGUACAUGUAUGAUUGAUCUGUUGCUUCAUGAA